AAGGAAUCUCUAAACACUCACCAGAUGACAGUCCUCCUACCUCAGAUUGCAGGCGGAGAACCGGUGCUUUCCCAAUCCUCUGUGGCAUGCUGAUAGAUGUCGGACUGGUUUUUAAAGAGAUCGCAGAUCAUCAGAUCAACUUUAAACUGAGUGGUAUCUAAGGACGCGCAGCAGGUCAGACACAACACAUUUGAUCAGUAGCCUAAUGGACUCCAAGGACAAUGAACGUGUUUUACUCCUUGAAGAAGAGGUGAAGAGUUUAUCUGAGGAGCUUGCUCAAUGCCAGGCAGACAAGGAGUUUGUGUGGUCACUUUGGAAGCGGCUUCAAGUGGCUAAUCCAGACCUCACUCAAGCAGUGAGUCUUGUAGUGGAAAGAGAGAAGCAGAAAGCUGAGAACAAGGACAGGAAAGUUCUGGAGAUUCUUCAAGCAAAAGACUACAGAAUCCAAGAGCUGGAGCAGAAAGUGACGGCACAAGAGCAGGUGAUAAACAACCAAGUCCAGCGGUUGCGUGGCAGCGAGGAGGAGUGUGGUCUAAUGAAGAAGGAGCUGGCAGCUCUGCAACACAGACUGGGGAAUAAGAGUCGACAACUUAAGGAAGCGAGGAAGCAGGCCGAGGAGAGCAAGAAGGAGGACAGAUGUGCCCUACAGGAAGCAAGGCACCAAUUAGACGCCCAGCGCUCGGCCUCACAGGCAGAGCUGGAGAGGUUGCGGGACCAAGAGACCGUCAGCUGUGCCAGAGUCAAGAAAUUGGAAGAGGAAGUGUUCAAGUGCAGACAGGAAGUGCUGGAGGCCCAGAGUCGCUCGGCUGCGUUGUCCCUACAGCUUUCCUCUGUAGAACAGAAAGUCACUGACAAAGAACAACAGCUCUGUCAACUGAAGCAGGAGCUGCAGGAUCUGCAGUGUUUGUACAGGCAGAGCGUCGAACAUGCAGGGGAACAGGCACAACUUAUUCAGCAGCUGGAGGGGCUUAACCUGGACACGCAAUGAGUUCUGCGCAGCCAAGAAGUGGCCCACGCGGCAGAUGCCGUCUCGUACCAGAAGCUCUACAGCGAGCUGAGCAUGUCAUAUCAGGCCCUCCGGCACAGCAAAGAGCAGCUCUGCCAGCGGGAAGCAGCCCUCUGCACGCAGCUCAGCCAAAGAGAUCAGCAUGUCCAAGAACUCCAGGCACAGCUGCAGAGUUUCACAGCGGCUGUAGGGCACCGUGAGGAGGCUGGCCACAAGCAGGGUAAUCCAUCUUUACCCCACUUGCAUGCACACGAAGAGCAGCUGUCGGUGGACACUAGAACCACCAGAGACCUAAAGACACAGCAGGGAUCCACAUCUUCGUCUCCAAGUGGCAGGAGCAGCGCUGACGGAACAGCCAGACAAGAGCAAAAGAUUCAGCGACUGCAGGAUUUGCUCGCGCUUAAGGUGAAGACUAAACACUGCCUUUUUUCUGCCUUUGCCAUUCUCUUUGAAGACCUCUUAGGAGAUUGA